AUGUUUUCCCUGGUUGAGAAAAGAAUAGUAGCUAAGCUGGGACAAUUUGCCAGUAUGUUCACUGAUAUCAAAGAUGAGCAGAUGGUAGAAUCUGAUAGUUCUGCUGAUGAAGAUGAACAAAAAAAGUUACAAAAACCAAACAUAUUCAAUAAAUAUUUACCAUAUUAUGAGAAUAUAAAAAAGCAAGGUUUUGAUUCAUUUAAUGAGAUAUGUGAAAAUCUUAGUCGAAUUAUUCAGUUAAGAGAACUAAGACCGGGUUUCUCACAUUGGUCAUCAAAACUACAACGUUUUAUUAGUCUAUAUGGUUAUUAUUUUACCAAAGAAGAACAUCUUCGAUUAGUCGACUUUUAUUUGUCAAUAUUAUCAAUCAAAGAUUUAGAUUAUUCACACGUUAAAACAUGUUUCGAUAUGUUAUACGACCUGAUGAGAAAAACUCGUUUGAUCACUCGUGAUGAUCUUACGGUUGAUUGGAAACAAUUAUAUCAUUGGGCAAAACUAAUUUUACACAAUCAUGAUGAACCCUAUGCACUAGUUGCCAUGCCACAUGAUAUUGAAAAUUCAUUAUAUUAUUGUGUUCGCGGUUGUCGUCCAUAUUUUUCGGCAACAUCUACCCAAGAAAUGCUUGAUGAGUUUCGCCCAUACUUAUGUCCAUUUGAUUCUGCAUUUUCCGAUGCUAUGAGAGUAUUUGAAUUAUUUUUACCUGUACAUUUACCUCCACAAUUACAUGACAAUGGAUUCAAAUUAUGGCUCCAUGAAUUCCUUGGAAUUUGGGAAAGUGUAUAUAGUAAUCCUGUUUGGGAAGCGAAUCUUGUAAAUUUGUUUUCAUUACUGGCAUGGUGUAAUAUUGGAUCUAUCGAUUGGGAGCCUUGGCUUCCAAAGAUCUUUACUCGUGUAUUGAAAAGUUUGAGUUUACCAGUUGGUAGUACAAAUAUAAAUGUAUCAUUAACUCAAUAUAAUUAUAGUAUGACAAGUGUGACGACGUGGAUCGUUGCCAUGCUGGGCAAUGGAAGUUCAUGUUUACAAUAUUUAAAAGAUUUAUUCACUGCAAUCAAAACGUUUUAUCAUCCUUCAAAUACUGGAAAAUUUCAACAAGAUUUAGUAGGAUUUUUAUCAAAAUUAGCUCAAGCAUUCGUCGAUCGUGUUCAUUUGGAACGUAAAGCACAUCCUAUAUGGUUUUUCACACCACUACAAACACAUCGUUUAACUGAACAAGAUAUAACAGAUUUUGUUAAUUGCGUGAAAGAAGCAGCAUUUAUUGCCAUAUUUACAAAAUCUCAUCAAAAAGAAGCAUCUAAAGCAUGUCAAUAUUUGUCAAUGUUAAGACCAGAAUUAAUUAUUCCACCUAUAGUUGAAAAACUAUUUUCAAGUGUUGAGAGUAUGACAGAACCUCAUCGCUUCACGUCGAUAAUGAAUUGUUUAGCGGGUGUAGCAAGACAAAUUGUUCGUCAAACUCCUCAUUAUACCGAAGGACAAACCUAUGUUAUUCCAUUAUUAAUGGCAGUUUUACCUGGUAUUGAUCCAAAUGAUUUCAAAAAAACAGCUGUAACAUUUCAGUUUUUAAAUGCUAUAUUAAUGUUGGUGACUUGUGUUGAUUGUUCAUCAGCCAUACACACAAGGACGGAUUUAACACCGAUUGAAAAAGAAGUUUGCCUAUCUACAGCAAAAUUUGAAGAUUUUAUUGUAGAAUUUUUAAAUCGUACAUUUCAAAUGAUUGAUACUUUAUCAACAGAAAUGUCAGAAGCUGUUACUGUUGUAAUGAAAGUAAAUAUGGAAGAUCAUAUCACUGAAUUAGCAUUAACAUCCAUGAUGUUUGGCAUAGUUCAACAAUGUAGUCAAAAGAUAUUUCAACUUGUUUUAAAUAAAAUAACAAAUUUUAUCGCCGGUAGUUUUUAUACACCAAAAGUUGGUAAAAUGGUUACAGGUCUUGUACGUGCAAUAUUAAAGGGUAAUCCAACGGAAACAUUAAAACAUUUUUUAUCACAAACAUGUGAACGAAUUACAAAGAUAAUGAAUAAUAGUGAAACAACGAUUCUCACUGAUCAUAAAGGUGAUACUGAAUUAACAUGGUGUUUAAUAUUAUUUUCCGAAUUAUUACGUGCCAAGGGCGAUACAUUGAUACAAUAUAAACAGAUGAUUAUGCAAGUAUUUCAUCGAUGUAUACAUAUUAUUCAUAAAGAUAGUUAUGAAGCAUUAGCAAAUGCUGCAAAAAAUUUAUUAAAAUCAUUAACGUAUGUUUAUCCAAUUGAUUAUCGUUUAACAGUUGAAAAUAUCGAUGAACCAUUUACAGAAUUUUUACCAAUUCGAGCAUGGGGUCAACAUGUUGAAUUUGAUAAUUUACAAGUUCAGUUUCAUAUACCAAAUGAAGAUGAAGUUGAUUUUGCAUGUGAAUUUGUAAAAACCUAUUUAUAUCCUGAAUUAAAUUUAUUAACAGAAAAAGGUGUUAAAUUAUCGAAUGAUGAACGUCUGAGAUCAUUGACAAUUGUCCACUAUAUUUCAAUGGGUUGUCUUCGAAUGGUACCGCGAAUUGAUAGCAAUGAAGUGGAAGAUCUUGUUCCAUCUGUUGCUCCAUAUGGAUCAAAAUUUUCUGUACAAUAUUCUAUUUAUGCCAAACAGCCACAAUUUGAUGAAAAUUUGAGGUUACGUUUAUUGACGGAUAUUGGAAAAUUAAUCGAUGUCUUAGUCGAAAAUAAUUCAGAUGAUGCAUCAUCACUAAAAACAGCACUCAAAAUAUUUUCACUGGCAUCCAUUUAUUAUGGUGUAUUUAAACAUGAUGCUGAUAAAUUAUGGAAACAUUUUGAAAAUGCUAAACAUUCAUUUAUGAAUAAACUGUACGGUGAAAGACAAUAUCCAAGAUUUUUAAUGAUUGAACGAAUAACAUUACAAAGUGAACAAUGGUCACUUAGUAAUUUUCAAACAUUAACUGAAAUUGAUAAAAAAAUUGUUUUAAAAUUAUUUGAAUUAUCUAUUAACCGGUAUGGUGAAGUUCGUCGUGAUGCUCAAGGUUAUUUAUUUUCCGUAUUAAAUCGAUAUUUAUUUUCUUAUCAAGUUAUUCUUGAACGUAUAUUGACAUUAUUAAGUUCUACAGAAGAAAUUGAUCAUGAUAUAAUAAAAGGUUGUUUGUAUGUAUUACUUGGAAAUCAUUCAUUUUUUAUGCCAACAAAACAUUCAUGGUCAAUGAUUGAAAAAUUAUGGCCAGCAUUAGCACGUGUUACAGUUAAAAAACCCACAGCACAACGUCUUAUUGAUCAUAUUAAUGAAACUAUUGGAAAACAAUUUGAUACACAAUCAUUAAUUGAAGAUACAAAUGAUGAAAGUAUAAAAGCAGCAGAAAAAAUUUGGCGUCCAUUAACUGGAAAAGAAUUAGAACAACGAAAUGAAAUACGUCAGAAACGAAAUGAUGAUAAUGUUAAAGCAUAUACAAAUUUGAUGGAAAAUUUAAAUUCAUUAUUAACUGGAGAUCAACUUACUUGGCGACAACAAGAAAUGACGAUGUCAUUUAUGUGGCUGCUACUUCAACGUCGUGUACCAUUGCCAUUACCAUGUAUAAAAACAUUUGUCGAUUUACUUGUUCAUGAUAAUGUUGAAUUAAGAAAAAUAGCAGAAGAAGGUGUAGCCGCUUUUUGUCGUUUACAAAAACCAGCUCGUACUUUUAUUGAAAAACCUAUUGAAGCUAUUACACAUAUAAAACCAAAUGGAAUUCAUCCUGGUGAUCGUGACGAUAAUUUAUGGGUAACAUACAAUAACUAUGAACCAAAGAAUCAACAAGAAUGGAAAAACACGUGUUUUCUUGAUAAAUCAUUUUGGGGAUAUUAUUCUUGGCCAAAAUCAAUAAAAUAUUCACUAAAUCAACGUGAACGUUAUAACAAAACAAAUUUACCUGAACAUGUGGCAAUUAUAUAUGAACGUUUUUCAGAUAAAAAUUUUAUAGAACAAUUUGCACAAUUUAUGAUUUUAGAUGAAGAAAAAGGAAAAGUAAAUUUUGAUACAAGACGAUUUCAAAUGUUUAAAGGCAUAUUUCGUAAUUUUGGUCUGGAAUUUGUUGAUAAUUUUCUUGAAUGUCUCUAUACAUUGAUUCAUAAUAAAGAUAAAACAAAACAAGAAGGUAGUCAUCGUGUAGCAGCGGAAAUUACUGCUGGAAUGAUACGAGGCUCAAAAUAUUGGACAGUAGAUAUGCUUGAUGAACUUUGGAAAAAAUUGACACCAUUUUUAGACGAAAUGCUUGCCAAUUUAUCACCAGAAACAUUGGCACAUUGGGGCUCUUGUUUUAAAUUAGGAAUAGAAGAUGAAGAUCCUCGUCGAAUGUACAAACCAAUUGGUUAUAUUCGUUCUUUAACUUCUGGACAAACAUCGACAAAUACAUUUAAUGAAACAGCACGUUGGUAUUUGACACAAACAAUAGCCAAUUUUGAAUGGAGAGUACCGACAAUGUGGACAACAAUCAAUGAACAUGCCAAAGAAUUACUUGAUCAUCCAUUUAAAGCUGUUCGUGAACGUAUUGCAAAUGUACUAGCAAUGUCACUUAGUUUCGAUAUCGAACUACCAAACGGUCAAUCAAUAAGACAUCCAGACGUGAAUAAAUUCAUCGAUUCAAUGAGAGAAAGGCUACGGCAAGCCAUUGAAAUUUAUGAAAAAACACCAUUAGGCAAAUGUCUACAACCGGUCAAAGGGGCAAUUGUACGAAUAUUUCCAUUGCUUUGUGAAGUUGAAAGUAUUGUGGCAAAUGACGAAGUCGUACGAAAAAAUUUGGCUGUUAGUCGUUUGUGCAUUGCCAUGACCUAUUUACAAGAACCCUAUAUGGAAACUUUAAUUUCAGAAUUGGAACAAGUUUGCGCGAGUUCCAAAUAUCAUGCUCGACGUUCUGCCAUUCAAUUUGUUCAAAAUAUGGUAUUUUCUAAUCUAUUUAAUGUUCGAAUUUACGAUAAACGUUUACGUACUAUUGUAUUGAAAUGUUUAUUCGAUGAUCAAUUUGAAGUUCGUACUGUGGCUUCGGUGACAUUAUCCGGUUUUUAUCAGUGUGGUUAUAUGCUGGUUUCCAGUGAAGAUUUGAAACAUUUUAAAGUAAUGAGUAAAACAAAUUAUUUUACAAAAGUCGAUGGUAAAAAGGUGACAUCAACAGAAAAUAUCGUUAAACGGCAUGGAGGUGUGCUGGGACUGUGUGCAAUUGUUUUAUCCAGUCCCUACGAAAUCCCAAGUUAUUUGCCAGAAGCUCUCAUGCUUCUAGCUGAACAUUCACAUGAUCCAGAUCUCAUACAAAAAUCAAUCAAAAAAACAUUAUCCGAAUUUCGUCGUACACAUCAUGAUCAAUGGCAUGAACAUCGUGAAAAAUUUACAGAAGAUCAACUUGUUAUAUUAGCGGAUGUUUUGAUAUCUCCAAAUUAUUAUGCAUAG